UGUUCGUUCGUUUGACCAUUACAAAAUCUUGUCCUAAGGUCACGUUUUUCUUUUCCAAAACGACCUCGUUUCUUCCUCUGCACCAUGAAAUCCACUUCCAUGGCCAAAUCCUCCCCAUGUUGUCAACUUCUAUCUAAAGGAGUUGGAGAGAGGUAGACAACAAACUCUUUGGGUUAGCUAUGGAUCAUAUACAGUUGAGGGAAAGUGAUUUCGAGAUAGAUUUGGAGAGUGGGGGAACAACUAGUGAUGAAGAUGGCAGAAAUAACCGUGAUCUGACUGGGGAAACUUCUAAUAAAGAGUUGUAUAAAGUGGGGAGUGGAUUUCGUGGAGUUCAAUCGUGCAAUGGAUCUGUAAGGAACCAAGAUGGUUCAAAUACAUAUAACAAGAUGUUAAGUGCUGAUGACCUAUCUGUUAGGUGUACAGAAAUUUGGUCAAACAAGGUCAGGGAAGAGAUGGAAAAAUUGGGGGACAACAAAAUGGAUAUUGAGAAGACAAGGAAGCCAAAGCCUCCUAAACCACCUAGACCCCCAAAGGGACCAUCACUGGAUGCCUCUGAUGCUAAGUUCGUCAAGGAAAUAUCUGAGCUUGCUAUAUGGAAGCGUAGAAGGACCGAAAGAAUUAAGGCACUGAAGAAAAUUAAAAAGGAGAGUGGAUCAUCUUCGAGGAUGAAUAUAUUAGCGACGGUGAUCACAAUUAUCUUCUUCUUGAUUAUUAUAUUUCAAGGUGUUUUGGGCUCUCGUGUAUGACACCAGUGUCUGUCGCCUUUAAAUUCAGUUAUCAGGGUUUGUGGAUUUGGAAUUAGGGAGGAACUGACUCGAACAAGUAAAAUCAUUUUGAAUCUUUUGGCAAACAGUGACUGCUUAUUGUACAGAAAUGUACCGGCUACUAUGGAUUUUGUAAAGGGUUCCUGAUAUUUGUAGUAGCUGUUAAAAGGUACUCUGAUAAAAUGCCCCUGGGAGCCAGGCAUGACUUUGGUGUACUUUAGGAAACAAGAAGUUUAGUGAAGGGGUCAUUGCAGAUUUUCACUUGCGGAAUAGAACUACUGUAUCUUGAUUUGAGAUGUGCAUCUUCUUAAUAUUUGGUUAUGGUAACCCUUCAUUUAUGUAUUGUACCUUUCCUCUAUGUGAUUCAACUCGACUCUUGACACUAAGACAUUAUAUGACAAGAUUUCCAAAAGUAAAA